UGAACGUUUUGGGUUUGAUAAGGAAAUCAGCUGGAUUUUACAGUGUGGUCCAAAUAAAGUUCCCAGAAUAAAAUGACAACAGCAAAACAGGCAGUUUGACGAGAAUUUCCAUCUUAAAAGAAUUUGAUACAACCCUGUAAACAAAACCAGUACGUCAAGUGCAAAAAACACGUCAUAACAAAUAAUUGCAUUAAUUGGGCGAAAGGCGGCAUUAGAAAUAUUUUUUUAAUUUCCUAAAAAGAACUACAUUGAAAAUGGAGCCGCUCUACCAUCAGACGAAUCGUAUGUUGCAAGAGAUUGAACAGAUCUUCCAGAAAUUAGCACAAAUAAGCGGUUCUGAAACGACUCAUGUGGAAAAUGAGAUUCAGAUGAAAAUCACUGCAGCGAAUUCAAAUUGUGAUCGCUUAGAUGUUCUGCUGUAUAAAGUACCAGCUUCUCAACGCCCAAGUGCGAAAAUGCGCAUUGACCAGUUAAAAUAUGACAUUCGACAUUUACAGAGUUCACUGCAACUUUAUCGAGAAAAGCGACAACGUCGUCUGAUUGAGCUUUCUGAGCGUGAACAACUAUUAAGUCAUCGUUUUUCAAGCAAUUCAGGUGCAACAGAAACGUGUCUUGACAUAGACUAUUCUUUGCAACAUCACACGCAACUAAACAAUGCCAAUCAAGGUGUAGAUGAAAUGAUUGCAUCUGGAGGCAAUAUACUGUCCAGUUUAAUUAACCAACGCGAAACUCUCAAGGGCGCCCAACGGCGUAUUCACGCUAUCGGCAGCACAUUAGGCCUUUCUAAUCACACUAUGAAGUUAAUAGAACGACGCUUUGUGGAGGAUAAAUAUGUAAUGUUGGCCGGUAUGGGUGUUACGCUGUUUAUUAUUGGCUUGGUCAUAUAUUUUGUAGUAUUUUGAGUAUAAUAAUAGUAAGAUAAUACGUAAUCUAUUUUUUAAUGCUACACAUAGUUUGCAAUACGAGUGAGUCGAAU